GCGCCGCCGCCGGAGGCCGUCGACCGCGCGGCGACGUGCCCGUUCCUGCUGCGCGUCUUCUGGAGCGAGCGGCGCCACAACGACCUCCAGGCCUACGGCGACACGCCCGGCAGCGGCGUGACGCCGCCCAACGAGCUGCGGCUCUACGCCUGGGAGGACUGCACGCUGCGCGAGCUCGCGGACAUGGUCAAGCACGAGCGCGCGGAGACGCGGCGGCCGCGGUGCCAGCUCAGCUUCGCCAUCGUCUACCCCGACCGGCUCGGCCGCAACGCGAUGAAGGAGGUCGGCUACGUCUGGGCGACGAAGGCGCCCCAGCAGGCGCACGCCGUCGAGAACAAGACGCUCCGCGACCUCCACUUCCAGACCGGCGACUUCAUCGACGUCGCCGUCAUCUUCCAG